CGGAGCUGCUGCUGAGCCUGUGCGCGCCACUCUGUCCCUUCCCCGGCCGCCUGAUCCUUCUCCGGAGCUGCACAACUGCUGGAAUCCGCCGCCGACCCCACUCUGCCCACUGCCCUAGAGCGCACGCACUUGCCGACCUCCCUCCCGGUGAUGGGGCCCCACGCGGGCCCCGGGAUGCUACUGCUUCUCCUCGGCUUUCUGCGCAUCAGUGCGGCCAAAUAUGUGCGGGGAAACCUCACUACCAAGGAGGACUGGGUAUUUCUUACACGAUUCUGCUUCUUGUCAGAUUAUGGUCGCCUGGAAUUUAAGUUUAAAUAUCCAGAGGCAAAGUGUUGCCAGAACAUACUACUUUAUUUUGAUGACACUUCCCAGUGGCCAGCCGUGUACAAGAAGGACAACAAGGAUUGUUUGAUGAAGGAAUCUGUCAUCCGUCCAGAGAACAACCAGGUCAUUAAUUUAACAACGCAGUAUGUUUGGUCUGGAUGCCAGGUGAUAAAGGAGGCUGGGCAGAGCUAUUUGAGCUGUAAUAGCGGAAGGAGUUUCCGGUCUGUGCGUGAGCGAUGGUGGUACAUUGCACUCAGCAAGUGUGGGGGGGACGGGCUGCAGUUGGAAUACGAGAUGACUCUCACAAAUGGCAAAUCAUUCUGGACACGGCACUUUUCUGCAGAUGAAUUUGGGAUCCUAGAGACAGAUAUCACCUUCCUUCUAAUCUUCAUUCUCAUCUUACUAUUGUCAUGUUAUUUUGGCUAUAUCCUGAGGGGUCGGCAGCUCUUACACACGACAUACAAGAUGUUUAUGGCAGCGGCUGGAGUUGAGGUUCUCAGCCUGCUCUUAUUCUGCGUCUACUGGGGCCAAUAUGCACAAGACGGAGUGGGCAACAGCAGCAUCAAAGUUCUAGCCAAACUCCUGUUCUCCGCCAGUUUCCUGAUAUUUCUGCUGAUGCUCAUCCUACUGGGAAAAGGAUUCACAGUUACCAGAGGCCGCAUUAGUCACCUGGGCUCCAUCAAGCUGUCUGUAUAUAUGACACUGUACACGGUGACGCACACGGUGCUCUUUAUACACGAGGCACAGUUCUUUGAUCCUGCUCAAGUCUUGUACACGUAUGAGUCCCCAGCGGGAUACGGUAACAUUGCGUUACAAUUUCUUGCCUACAUCUGGUUCUGUUACGCUGUGCUGGUGACUCUCAAACACUUCCCAGAGAAACAGGCUUUUUAUGUGCCCUUCUUUGCAGCCUAUACUCUCUGGUUCUUUGCAGUUCCAGUCAUGGCUCUGAUUGCAAAUUUCGGAAUCCCUAAAUGGGCACGUGAGAAGAUUGUGAAUGGGAUCCAGCUGGGGAUCCACCUGUAUGCACAUGCAGUCUUUCUGAUUAUUACCAGACCUUCAGCAGCCAAUAAGAAUUUUCCGUAUCAUGUGCGCACCUCUCAGAUUGGGAUUAUGGAGCAGAGCACAGAGAAAUUCCCGCAUCACGUUUAUGGAAAUGUCACCUUUAUCAGUGAUUCUGUCCCCAACGUCACUGAGCUUUUCUCCAUUCCAAGCAGCAAUGGGAGUUCUGCAGGGAUAACUAAGCCUGUACCGUACCCUGUAACUCUUGGGCAGUGCUACUCACAAUUAACCUCUGACUCUCAUCAAGUGAUCAGCCCCCCGUUAUUGAAUGGCGUCCCUGGAGUUCAGAAGGUGCCCGUGGGAGAAACACAGCUUGGUGGACUUCAGCAACUGCAUGCCCCCCAGAUACAUCAUCAGAAUGGGUUCCCUGAAUAUUUCAGCAUCCGCUCUGCCGGACCACAACCCAUGUAGAGCCAUUAUUGGGAGUGGGGACCUACUGCACAUUGUGGUCCAACUUGAGCCAAAAUGGACCAUCUGAAGCCACACAUAGACUGAUUUUCUGAGCCAGACACCCUUCCUGUGUGUAAAUGUUUGUAUACAUGAAAAAAGAUGUGUGAGUAGAAAUGUGUUGGUAUAUACACAUACAUGUGUAUACUACUUGCUGUUACAGUAUGUGUGUGGCGGUAUGGAUUUGCUUGUGUCUGUAGCCAUUUCUUUCUAUUGGGAUAUGUGUAUCUUCCAUAGCAUUUCCAUUACAGAUAUCUGCUAAUUUUGAAUGCCAAUGAUUUUAUCCAUUUGCAUCUACCUAUAGUUUUGGGUAUUUUUUUCUGGGACUAUUUCUUUCUCACAUCCUCAUUUAAGCUCUACUUGGUUUAUAUUUUUAAAUAGAGGUUUCUGCCCUGUUUAUUUUCUGAUUUUCCUGUGCCAUUUUGUAUUAUCUUUCCUGUCUAUCAUAUCUGUAGUUUCCUGUCUCUCUCUGUGUCAGGUGUCUGUAGUUUCCUAUCUCUCCAUUUAUCUUAUCAAUAGUUUUCCAUCUCUCCAUAUAUCCUAUCUCUAAAGUUUCCUCUUUUUCCAAUCAUCUCUCUAGUUCCUUGUCUCACAUGUUUCAUCUGUAGGCUCCUAGUCUCCCUCCUUUCAUGAUGCUUCCCAUUUACUUUUUUGAUGUACCUUUUCUUAUUUAGCUAAUUAAUUAGGAAUCAUCGUUACCUCGAUUUGUUUCCUUGCUUACUCUUAUUCUGACUGUAUUGGACUUUUCCUGCAGUCUUUCUUGGUUAUACCUGUGGGGAGAUCUGGCUUCUUCAUGUUUUAUAUGAUGAUUGAUUUCUAUCUUUUCCUGAUCUGCUUCCCCGCAGUGUCCUAACUGUUUUGUAUUCUUCUACUUGUUGAGUCAGACUGUCUUGUAUCCUCAGAAGCAGCAUUCAGUAUCCUGUCUCUAUUUAGUAUUAUAUUUCCUAUAUGUUUCUUUCAUUUAUUCACAGUUUCCUAAGACUCUCAAUUGUAGCUGUCUUUAUAACCGUUUGUCUCUGUAGUGUUUGUCAUUAGUCAUGCUGGUUCUUGUCUUAGGCUAUUCUGCCUGCCUGUAUUUCCCAGGAUUUCUCUGUUCCUGAUGAUUACUGUCUUAGGCACUGCUAGUUUCUCCUGUCUCUCUGUUCCCUCUGCCUAUAUUUUCCUUUUAUGUGUAGUUUCCUAUAUCUCUCUCCCCCUGUCCUCUUUUGUCUCUUUUUUCUCUUUCUCUUUAGUUUCUUGUCGCUUCAUUCAGUCUCAACAUAAAAAGCUGUGUUUCAUCUACUGGCUGCCUGUAGUUUCUCUGUAUUUUCUUCUCACCUGUCUUUAGCAGCCUAAUGUGUCUCUACCCCAACCAUCUCUUGAUCCCCAUCUUUCUCUUUUCUUGUCUCUUCUUUCCAGCUACCUUUCAAAAAGAUGAGGGAUUAUAUAUGCUGUGAAAUAAGCACUGGGCUUUGGGAAAAAAACCCAGUAUCAAGGGGAUACCAGGCAAAUACCUUCCCAUAUCUCUCCUACCAUAUCUAGUUUCCACUUUCCUGGCUCUUCUUCCCAUCUGUCUCUUUACCCCAAUCAUCUCUUCAUUCUUGUCUUUUCAUUUGUGUGUCUCUUCUUCCCAGCUAUCUAUUUUUGCCCAUGUUUCUCUACCGAUGUCAUUUCUAAAUUUGUCACUCUAUUGUUUGUCUCUUUUUUCAGCUAUCUUUGGUGUCCCAUAUCUCUCAAUUCCAUUGAAAUUCAGUUUUCUGUGUCUCCAUUCUAACAGUCUGUCUCCCUUUGGAAUUUUCUUUCUCCUACUUCUUAGUUGCCUGCUGUUUCUUCUCACAGUUGAUGCACUUUAGGUCCCCAGGGGAUUUUUGAUUUUCUACAGAUCCUUCUUGCCUUAUUACUUUAUUUGCUAAAAUAUUGCAAGCUUGUUUUGCAUGCAGUAGGGCUCAUUUACUAACACAAGUGCAAAGUGAAAAAUGCAUUAAAAAUUGCACCAACGGGAUGCUAUUCAUAAAGGAAUUAUUUGUGUUCAUGCUCUCUCCUCUGUCCAUUGCUUUUUUGCUUUGCUAAAAACAGAGUGCAUGGACACAAGACAGCCCAGGAAUCACUUCCAGAGAUCCUUUUGCGUGUUGCACCUAAACAUGAAACUAACAUCGUGCUUAAUAGCAUGUUGGAAAGUACAUUUAUGCUAGCAGCUUUCGCACCAUUUACCUGUGCAGAAAAUUAAAGUACAGUGUUAAAGUAUAGUGGUAAAGUACUGUCAAUAUGCAGCACAUGCUACUUGGGCCCAUAUUUAUGGAUGAAUUCUGAAUUUUGUGUGAAAACUUCUGCACUUUGGACAUUGCACUUUAUUUUAGUAUCUGAGACCUACUUGCUGCAUGCACCUUUCUGCAGAAUAAUCUGAAUAUUUCAGUUUCAUAUUUUUUAUUCUAAACUAGACCCUAGACAUGCUGAUGAAUGGGAGCCUUUUCUUGGAAGUAUAGUUGCUGAUGUGUAGGUUUAGGUAGUGCGUGUCUGAACAUACAGUUUGGUUUGACUCUUUAAGAGUUAUUUUGUGUACUAAGUAAAGCAGCACUAUAGAUAGAGCACAUACAGGGCGGAUAUUAAUGUUAAUGGGGCUAUGGCACAUAAAUACUAUUACACCCAUAAGCAUGUUUCUAAUCUUUUUUUUGCCUCUUGUUAACUUUGAUAGAAUUGUGUUUUUUAUAGUGAAGUUGAAUUCCCAAAAGGUGGUGUAAUGCAGCCCCCGUGCUACCUUGUUAACCCUCUGACUGUCCAUGUACCUUCUGUCUGUACAGGAACCACAUGUUCAUCACAUCUAAUGCUUAAGUCUUUUAUAACUUACUGGCAUGUUAGAAGAUCAUGGAGUUCAGAAGUGACCUUACAUUGCCAUUGUUUCACUUCACUCUUCUAACAGUGGGAGACCAUAGCCACCCAUGUCUGCUGACCAGUGAGAUUUGGUGCACCCUAUUCAUUUCAGGUGCUCGGUCUUCAUUUCACAGCUGUUGAAGCUCUUCAUAUCACUUACAAGAAGGCAAGGGUAUUGACUUGCAAAAUAAAUAUCAUUUUUAUAUACAA